CAGCGCCCUCUUCAUGAAGUUCAAACAAACUAAUGAAAUCCAAAGACAUCCUUAAAAGUAACAAAAUACUUGAACCAAUCAGAGAUAGGAUGUGGCAAACUAUGUAAAUCUAGAUCACAGAAAUUCGUAGUCAAGUGGAAUAAUGGACUUAUCCUUAAUCUUCGGAUUCGAAGCUUUUUUAUUACAGAAUGUUUUUGGAUAAAAGGAAUGGAAAUGCCUGAAUUACCGAACGCCGCGACGUGCAAAAACGUAAGUGUUCUGGACCAGGCUUUACCUGUUCUAUCGGACAGCAAGGCGUGGCUAUUCGCAGUGUCGCUUAGUCUGUCGCUCCUGUCUGCAUUCACUGUGUCUUCAAACGCGCUUGUGAUCGCAGCAGUCAGCCAUUCCUACGCCCAGCGGAAUCGCCUCAGCGAGAAGAAGAGUUACGAGAAGAGCAACAUGAAGCUUCUCAUGGCGUCGCUGGCAGUGGGCGACGCCGUCAUUGGCGGAUGCUUCAUGCCGCUGGGCAUCGGGAAUAUAAUCUACAACGGACGCUGGAUUCUCUCGGAGACCUCUUGCAGAUUCUUCGCCAUGAUGGACAUCGUCUUCAGCACCUCCUCAAUUUACCAUGUCAUGUUCAUGGCAGUGGAUCGAUACCUGGCCAUCUGCCGACCGUUGUUUCAUCGGCUGCUGACUAUUAAGUCAGGACUCGCUAUGGCCGGUCUUAGCUGGGGAGUGCCCUUGAUGCUGAUGUGUUUGGCUUUCACUUUAAAUUUGAUGUCGGCAACCCAUUUUUCGCUUUGUAGGGUCGACGCAUGCCAAAUUGAGAUCAAACCGCUCUACUCUAUCGGCGGAUCAGUCUUCACCAUUCUGCUACCCUUUACAGUUAUUUGUGUUCUAUAUUUAUUAGUGCUUUUAGAAGUAAAGCGUUUUCAUAAAAGAAAACCCAACUUUCUCGGAAAAGAACGGCAUAACUCCAUAAGCCAGACAGCGCCCUCUUCACAACGUUCAAACAAACUAAUGAAGUCCAAAGACAUCUCUAAAAGUAACAAAAUAAAUGAAACAAUCAGAGAGGGUUUUCUUAAAGAAGAUCUAACGUCUGCAGAGGGUUGCCUAAUUCAAACAAUUUCAAAAUUCAGUUCUGGCGUUAACUACGAGCACGAUUCGUCAGAAAAUGCAAAAUCUAAAAUUCCUCAAAUUGUUAAAAAAUCUGGCACAAGCAAUUCGAAUAAAGCGUUUCUGACCAUUGGCCUGCUUGUUUUCUCUUUCGCCGUCUGCUGGUGCCCAUUUGCGAUUUUAUUAUGCUUACGAAAGCUAGGAAAAGGUUCGGAUCUUUCUUUCUCGUCAGGAACUGUCGUAGUGUGGCUGUGCUAUUUGAACUCAGCCUUUAACCCUGUGCUGUUCUGUUGCCACAGAGGCAUGAGGAUGGCACUGAAGAAGUUGCUAAAGAUUGGAAACGAGGCUACGAAACUUCGACACCAGAGAUAA